AUGAGAUGGAUACCGCGACUUCUGAUCAUCCUCAAUGCGGCGACCUUGAGGCGCGGGCCGCUGCUUUCGCCGCUGUUGUCCCCCCUCCUCCUCCUCCUCCUCCUCCUCCUCCUCCUCCUCCUCCUCCUCCUCCUGCUCCUCUCGCUCAUUCCUCGAAUGAAAGAACUAACUGCUCACAACGUGUGCAUCGCCGUCGGCACUGUCCAGGCCGACCAGCUGAUGGCUGGUGCGCCCCCGCACCCACCGCGGCCCCGCCCGCCGCCCGACGCCUUCAAGGGCGUCGAGGCGCGGCCGAGGAGUGGGUAG